AUGAAAUCUCCCGCAUCGUCGAGCUCCCGGGUUACGACAUCGAAUCAUAAAAUCCACCUGAAUUUUAACGAUCAAUCGACUAAUCCGAUAAACAUCGUCGCUGAUACUGGUACCACACCAGUGCCAAUAGCCAUCACAACAUCAUCUUCAACUGUCGAUACUGCUCAUCCACCACCAUCAUCAAUAAGUACCACCCAUAUUGGCGACAUUUCCACCGCUGCUCCACCACCACAAAUUGCCACAGCACCGCUCGUAACCUGUUCGACUUUCACCAACUUACCAUCGUCAACAUUCUUGAACAGCACCAAUUCUACCGCUCCACCUUUACCACCAAUUGUCACAGUACAAACAGCGGCACCCCACCCUUCUAGUAUAUCCGACAGCAACCUUCCUGCACCAUCAACUAUCACUACCGACGCUGCUAAUUCGCAAGCCUACUCAAUCACUCGUUCAAAUGAACCACUAUACAUCGCUCCAACUGCUCAACGGCUCAUAAUUUCAUCGCAACCCAAAACGAAUAUCAUCACUCCCACGCCUACACCGCAAAUAUCAUCUAAUAACGCCAGGGCCCAUCCUAUUCAAUUCUAUUCCUACCAGUACACACCCAAAUAA